UUUAACUUUCUGUUUAUGUAUAAAAGCCACGACAUUUUGGUUACAAAAACAGUAUCCGUUGAUAUCGCGAAGGUUACAGUAAAAGGUUCCAAACGAUGCGGAAAUUAAUUAUAUUAGGCAGUUUGAUAGUAUGCUGCGUAGCAGCUCCAACAUCACAACAGUCCUCGCAUGAACACAAAGGAGAUAGUGUACUGUUACAGCGUCCGAGUCCCAUCAAUCCUGAUGUACCAAGUGACCCUAAGCCUGAUGAGAAAAUCAUUAAGAUCACCGAUCCAAAAGAGAUUAUAAAGCAUAAACGAGAAGCUCAAGAUGACCCAUAUGAUCAUAUUUCUCGAUUUGCACCAACUGUGCACCCCGCAAGUCAAGUAGGAAAAGACGAGUCACCGGAAUCCGACCAAAAACAUAGUAAAGAAACUGAUUCUAUUCAUCGUCGUCAAAAGCGGGGAAAAGAGCAAGGUAGAGAUACAAUAAAAUUAGCUCGUAAACCAGUAUUGAGUACUAACGUGCAGUCACCAGCACCAGCACGUGAUUUGCCAAAAUCACGGCAGCGUCGUCAAGUGGACCCACAUCUUAUUGGAGCUUCUACAGCUGGAGUGGCACCUUUCAUUUAUGACGAAGACAAGAAGCCGCACGAUGCUGAAGCGCCGCCUGAAACUACGCCUGAAGAACCAACCACACCGUCAUUGGAGCCAAAUACCCAUGAAAUUGCACCAGUUAAACGUGAUAUACCAGUACCUUUAGUGCCAAAAUACCACCACCCUGAAGAGUCGCCAAAAAGCGAGGCAAUCCAUGUUAAUAAAGUUGACGUAAAGAAAAACGAAAGUCCGGUCGGUGACAGUGAGUCAUCUGAAAGCAGCGAGAGCGAUGAGGAUUCUAAAGAAAAGGCGUCGCAAACACCCACUCAAAAUUCACAGCAAAUCCAUCAGGAACUGCAUUCACAAUUUGCACAGCUUCCUGAAUCUCACAUACCUCCACCCGCAGAAGUACAUAAUGAUAAGUUAGACAUUAAACCGGCAGCGGAUGCGCAGACGGCGCAGCAGCAGCAUCAAUCCAAAGAUAAGACAGAAGAGCCAGUUUCGCCUAUUGAAGUUCCCAAUCACACACCUGGACUGGAGCAAUUAGCUAGCGUUAAACCGACUCAGAUCAUUGCUUAUGAAAGUCCGGCUAACGAGAGCGAUAUUGCCAUUAAACACCCUGUACCUGUUGCUGAGUUAUUCUCCAGGCCAAAACAGUAGAGAGGUACAUACCUACAUAUGGGGACACUGGGUUGCAUUUUCACUUUAAACGCAUACAUAGUUGAGCAUGAAUAAAACGUGUACAUAUUUGAACAUUAAACAAUAAUAACGAACUUCACUUUUUACCAUAAAAAAAUGUUAAACUGCCACUUCAGAGGCCCAACAAAUUUACAAAAUUUUACUACAACAACAACAAAAUUUUCAGUUCCGCUUUGUUCGAUUGUGCUGAUAAGAGUUUCUUCAGGUGUAAUACAUACAUAUUCAUACAAUUGGAUGUGUAUGUGUUUUUUUACGAGGAGAAAGCAUCGAAAGCCAAAUCCCGUCUGUGUGGGUCUUUAACCCGAACUAAACCUCCUACCGCCAAGGUAUCGAUCCCCCGGUACUACC